AUGACAGAUUCUGGGGAAGAACACGUUGGAGAAUCAUCGAAUUCCCAAAAGAAAUCAAAAAAGCAAAGACAGUGUCAUAGACACACUAUGGAACAAAUUCAAAGACUUGAAGCAUUUUUCAAAGAAUGUCCACAUCCAGAUGAGAACCAACGAAACCAAUUGGGUAUGGAAGCCGGGCUUGACCCAAAGCAGAUCAAGUUUUGGUUUCAAAACAAAAGGACUCAAACAAAGACACAAAAUGAGAGAUCCGACAACAAUACUCUUCGAACAGAAAAUGAAAGAUUUCUUUGUGAGAAUAUGGCAAUGAAAGAGUCAAUGAAGAAUAUUAUGUGCCCAAAAUGUGAUGGACCACCCAUUGGAAAAGAAGAAAGGGCACGUAAUUUAGAAAAUAUGAAAAUGGAAAAUCAAAGGUUGAGAGAACAGCAUGAAAAAAUAUCAAAUUUCCUCUCAAGUGUUCUUGGAAGGUCUUUUGUGAUGGGUUCAAAUUUGACACCACCAAAAUCAACUCUUCAAACUUCAUCAAAUUCAUCUGAUGAAAGUUUAUUGAGUCAAAUAUGUAGCUCUCCUAUUGGAUAUCCUCCUCAAGAAAAUAAUCAUAAUAAUAAUAAUGGUCUAGCACAUUCAAUAAAUAUUAAUAAUAUCCCAAUAAUGUCUCCAUCACGACAAGAACAUUAUGAGUUUCAUCAUGAUAAUAGGCAGAAAACAGAUAUGUUCGAAAUUGUUGUUGCUUCUAUGAAUGAAAUGUUUGAACUUUUGCAAAUGAAUGAUCCAAUUUGGGUAGAUUCAUCAAGUGAUGGGGGAUGUUUUAUUCAUCGUGAGAGUUAUGAAAGAAUAUUUCCAAAUUUGAAUCGACCUUACAAAUCAGCAACUGCUCGAAUUGAAUCAUCAAAGGAUUGUGGAGUUGUGUCAAUGACUGCAAUUGAGUUGAUACAUAGUUUUCUUGAUCCAGUCAAAUGGAUGAACUUGUUUCCUACUAUAGUCACAAAAGCUAGGACUAUUGAAGUUCUUGAUUCUGGAACUUUGGGAGGCUCUAUACAAUUGAUGUAUGAAAAGUUGCAUAUUUUAUCUCCUUUAGUGGAAGCUAGAGAUUUUUUCUUCAUACGUUAUUGUAGACAAAUUGAUCCAACAACAUGGAUUAUGGUAGAUGUUUCAUAUGAUUUAUUCAAUGAGAUUCAAAGUGGCGUACCUUCUUAUUCUUGGAAGUUUCCUUCUGGAUGUGCGAUUCAAGAUAUGGGCAAUGGCCAAAGUAUGGUUACUUGGGUGGAACAUGUUCAAGUAGAUGAAAAAAAGCAGGUUAAUCAUAUCUUUAGAGACUUGUUGUGUGAUCGUCAAACAUAUGGAGCUAAAAGAUGGAUAGUUACACUUCAAAGGAUGUCCGAGAGACACAAUUUUGCAAUGAGUGCAACAUGUCCUACUAGGCAUGACUUCAAAGGAGUGUUUAAUGAUCCAGAAGGGCUGAAAAAUACAAUACAAAUAUCUCAAAGGAUGGUGAAGAGUUUUUUUGAAAUCCUAAAUAUGACAGACAAAUUAGAUUUUCCAACUUCAUCACAACUAAACAGUGGAGAUAGGAUUUCUAUAAGAAAAAAUGAAGAAAUUACCCAAACAAAAGGCUUUAUUGCCACUGCUGCUACUUCCCUGUGGAUUCCCCUUUCAUUCCAAGAUGUCUUCAAUUUCUUCAAAGAUGACAAAACAAGGAGUCAGUGGGAUAUUUUGACCGGUGGACUUAAAGUAAUGGAGUUAGCUCGAGUACCAACAGGAACUUUUCCCGGAAAUUGUAUUACAAUCAUUCAGUCUAAUAUGCAAAAGGAGAAGUUAGUGCUCCAGGAGUCAAGUAUUGAUGAAAUGGGAGCAUUUUUAAUCUUUGCACCAAUAGAGUUACCAACAAUCACUUCAAUUGUCAAUGGACAUGAUGCAACAAAAGUUCCCAUUUUGCCCUCAGGUAUCAUCAUAAGUCCUGACGGUCGUCUCGUCUCGAAUAGGGGCAAUACUGCAAACGCACAAAAUGGUUCAAUUUUGACAGUGACUUUUCAAAUAUUGAUUUGUGAUAAUAUUAAUAGUUCAAUCUCUCAGCAACAACAUAUGGAGGCAGUGACUUCUAUUCAUAGCCUUUUGAGCACCACAAUUUUAAAAAUCAAAGCAGCAUUAGGUUGCUCUGAUUAAAAAUUGUGAUUGUUUAGUUUCAUGUUGUUUGUUUGUUUUGAAGAUUUUAAAACUUAUACAAUUGAUGGUUUUGAAGGAUGAUGUAUUCCCUUCUUUGUGACUUUUGAAAAUCUCAAGACUGUGAGAUAUGUGUUGUUGCUAUUAUCUUUUAUAUUGAUAGAC